AUGCCUUUCAUUUCCACUAUCUACCACGGCGCUGUUCACGUCUCCCUCUCCGGAUGCCUGGCUGCAUUCUUAUUCAAGCGAACUAUGGUGGACCGCACGACCAAGGCAAUCAAAGAAGCCGAUCACGUAACCGCGGGCCUCGUCGCAUCGGAACUGUGCUUCAACACGGCGGUUCUACUUUUAGCUUCCCACAAGACGGCCCGGAUACUCCUCGGAAAGGACAACAAGCCCGAUUUAGCACCUCCCAUCAACGAAAACAAUUUAUCAGCUGCAAUCUCACUUUCCUCAAAUUUAUCCAGCACUUCGACACCCAAUGCAACUACACCCACACCACUACUCCCCUUGUCACCAAUGCAGAGGCCGAAACGACACUCGCUCGAUUCUGAUAUCACCCUCGUGGACAACGAUGACGACUUCGCUGGCGACCCCCCUGGCACCUCGGACCUUCUUCCGCUCGGCAGCACACCGGAACCUUCGAUUGCUACCCCGCGGCUAAAACAUCCGGAAAAGAAGCGAUAUCAAAGUUCCCCCCCGGGUAAACACAAGAUCGAAUCUAGAGCCUCUCGCUUGGACGCUGUCCGUGACAGCAUCAUAUCAACUCACAACAAGCAUCUCGACUACAUCAGUGAACUUGAACAACUUCACGCCGAACUCCUCGUCGACCAGGCCAACACUGUCGACGGCUGGGCUGCCGCCAUGGCGCAGCUCGGACUUACCUCCAUGCUGUCGCCAGGAACACCACAGAAGACGCCAACUUUAGGAAACUCGGACGAAAUUCCUCAAGACUGA